AUGGCACCCACAGCAAGGUCAUGGCACCCACAGCAAGGUCAUGGCACCCACAGCAAGGCCAUGGCACCCACAGCAGGUCAUGGCACCCACAGCAAGUCAUGGCACCCACAGCAGCCAGGACCCACAGCAAGGCAUGGACCCACAGCAAGGUCAUGGCACCCACAGCAAGGUCAUGGCACCCACAGGGAGGUCAUGGAACCCAGCAGCCAUGGCAACCCACAGCUAGGCCAAGGCACCCACAGCAAGUCCAUGGCACCCACAGCUAUGCCAAGGCACCCACAGCAAGGUCAUGGCACCCACAGCAAGGCCAUGGCACCCACAGCUAUGCCAAGGCACCCACAGCAAGGUCAUGGCACCCACAGCAAGGCCAUGGCACCCACAGGGAGGUCAUGGCACCCACAGCAAGCAGGCGAGAGAAUUCCUUGGAAAAGCUUCCCUCCUCAAAAGGGCUUAUCGACCCCAAAUAUCUAUAUUACAUCACGCAACCUGGAGGAGGGACCGUGUUCUAUGCUUUCUGUUACUAGGGGCUAUUGCUAUUGCGUUCCACUAGCUAGCCAACGCCUUAUAGUUUUAUAA